AUGAUGAAAGUUAAAUUAGAUGCUUUUCAUUUCCAAAUCGUAAUGAAAUAUUUCUUGUAUGAACAAGAUUAUAUCAACUCGAUGUUAACGUGUAAAAAAUUUGAAAUGGUACUUGACCGAUUUCGAUACAACCCGAUUCCCGUAAAAUCCACCAAAUUGUUUCCAUAUAUGGAGACUCAAUACUUAUACACAAAAUUUGAUAAUAUUUUUGCUGGAAUAUCCCGACUUGUCGUCUUGUACAAAGUGACUUACUCUGAAACAAAAACUUUAUUUCCAGACUUUGAUGUAGAAUUUAAAAAUGUGACUAUAUCUUCAUAUGAUAUCAAAAAACAAAAUAUCACAACAUUUGACCAAAUACCCAAAACCAUAAAAAUAUAUGAAUAUAAAUUUUUAAACACUUUUAAUUUUAAAGAGUUUAGUGUCCCAACACAUAUAACUGAAUUGUACCAUUCUUGCUUUUACAAUAAUACCACACUUACUUCAGUGACACUGUGUGACGGGUUAAAAAUCAUACCGUCGUCUUGUUUUGAUUCUUGCAAGAAUUUGGUUUCUGUAAAUGUUCCAACCACAAUUAUAUCAAUUGAAAGUUCUGCUUUUGAAGAGUGUGGUAUUAUCAAAUUAUCAAUUCCUGAUACCGUCGUAUCGCUUGAUUUAAAUCUGUUUAAGUCAUGCGCUAAUUUAGAGGAACUUGUUAUAUCCAAGAACGUUACUGUUUUGCCAUAUUACAUGUGCGAAAAAUGCACCAAAUUAACACGCGUUGUACUCCCAGACAAUUUAAUUUCAAUUAAAGCACAAGCUUUUUGUGAUUGCAGUUAA